CAGUAACUAUCGGUAGCUGUCAGUAGCUGUUUUCAAGUGAAUGUUGACAAAUGAAAUGACGCAAAGUCCGUGUGCUCACGUGUCGUUAUUUUAAUAAAUAAAUGUACAAUGUAAUAAUUCGAUAAUACAGAUUGUAUUUUUUGUAAGAUUUAAUUCUAAGUUGCAUUCUUAACACAAUGGAGGAGUUUCUACAAAACAUAGGAGUGGGAUUGCGUCCCAUAAACGAUCCAUUUUUCGAGGAUUCGUAUAAUUCUUGCAAGAUAUUUCAACGGAAAGGCAUCACUGUGGAAGACGACGAAGAGUUGUGUCACGAAGUUAUAAGAGAAUUUCCUUGUUAUGCCAGUGGUUGUAAAGCUACAUUUCAAACGCUACUUGAUUUUGAGAUGCACUACAAUACUAAUCAUCGUUACGUUUGUAUAGAGUGCAAGAAGUCCUUGCCAAAUCCUAGACUGUUAGAUAUUCAUAUUCAAGAAACUCAUGACAGUUUCUUUCAAGUUUUAUCAUUAAAGCAACCAAUGUAUCAGUGCUACGUUUCUGAAUGUGAUUUAAAGUUUAUUAAUCCUGUUGAAAGAAGAAAGCAUUGCACGAGUGUACAUAAGUUUCCUAAAAAUUUUCGAUUCGACAAUGCUUCACGUUAUGCGAAGAAAGAGCCAAAAGACAAAAUGGAUAUAGAUGAGUCGGAACAUGAAAAGAAGGGGCAAAAAAAUAAAAUGGUUCGGUUAAGUAAAAAUCAGAAAAGUAAAAUGUUCAUACCUGGAAUGAAAAGUGCAGCAAUGUCUAAUUUAAAUGAGAAUCAACAGAGUUCGAAUCCUAUCUCUGGAACGUCAUCCCUAACUUUUAUUCCUCGACAAAUAAAAAACUCGUACACGAAUGCGCUCACUAAGAAUCAAAGUAAUGAAAAAAAUGUUCUCGAAACAGAAACUAUGAUGGAUUUGGCUGAAUCGCUACCUACGUGAUAAUAUCUGUUAAAUUAGCGAUGAAUUUCAUACAAAAACGACAAAAAUUUUGUUUUAUAAAUGACACUCUUUUACUAUAAAUAUAUUUUAAAUAUCGCAACAAUAUCUAUAUGUACAAUGCGGCUUACAAAACUAGACGUCUUAUAUCGUUUCUACCCAUUCUCACCUAUUUACAUGAUUCCCCCUGCCCGUUUUAUUUAAUAUAUAAAUUCGGUUGUUUCACUAUGAUCGUAUAAAAAUACUUAAAGUUCCAUAUUUUUGGUAAAGCUAAUAUCAGAUAGCCUAUUCGGCGCAAUCUUCGUUACGUUAUAAAUGACUUGGUAAUCUCAACAACUUUGUCAAUUACUGUAACAGUACUGAAUGGCACAAAAAUUCAUACAUCCUCGAACAAUUUAGUUCCUAGAUACUAAUACUACAUCAUCAGAAACGCUUUUUAUACAAUACACAACGACGACAUGAAUCCGAGAAUUUUACUUAAUCCGUAAGAAAUGUAUCUUGAAAAUAAAAAAAUAAUUACAAGAAGAAAAAA